GGUGGCAAGGGGUUUGGAGGGUGGGGGCCUGCGUGUGUCUGCUAGCCUCUGCCUGCGCUGUGAGGGCUGCAUUUACACCCCAGCUCGGGACUUCUCCCCGUUAGAAAGGGGCACGAGGAGUGGGUGUCACGCUGCCCUCCUCCCCAGAAGAUGAGGCCGCGUUAACCCGCAGGCAAUCUGCCGCCUCGCCGCCUCUCGGCCAGGAUUAUUUAAAUGUUUAUCCUUCCUUCCUUCUUGACCUUUCUUGUUCAGUCCUAGUUCCCAGGCCCUGCUUGUUUUGUGUUUCAUGAGCUUAGCAAACCGUGGCCUCCAAUUCCCCAGUUCUAGUGUUUUCACUUAAGAUGAGAGUGAUGAGCCAAAGGGUUCAGGCUCAAUCCUUGAGCAAAGGGCCGCUCUGACAGGGAUUAUUAUUUAUUUGUCAUCUUGGAUGUAAUAAGCUGUAGGUACAGCUUCGAGAGCCCUUGAUUUAUUGCGCUGUCUCCUGCCACUAGCGGGCCGUCUGCCGCACCACGCAGGAUGAAUACCACACUGUCAGCUUCGUCGAUCUGUCUCCGCCACUGUGCGCGCUCUCAUAGCACAUUCCCAUUUCAUGCCAGAAUACAUAAACAAUCUUUCAUUAUUUUGAUGCCUUUUUCAUAUUUGUUCUUUACAGAACAUAAAGUUGGAAUUUAUGGGUUUCCUUUACAUUAUUUCAACACACUCCACCAUUUUCCGGGUUUGUGGUUUAACUCUCAGAAAUUGGCUGCCAGGUGAUUUAGUUAUUUUGGCUUUCUAGUUUUAUAGUUAUUUAAUAUCGCAAUGCCAGAUCCUGAGAAAAUGGGGAGCAUGGCAGUGGUAGGAUUUGCAGUUAAGGCUCUUGUCAUCAGGGCCGUGUGAUCAUGGCGUGGAGCGCCGGGCUUGGAAAACAAGGCGUGGGAGGUGGGAGAUCAGUGGCUCCGUUUGUACAAAAUCCUGCCUCGGAAAUGUUAUUCCGGUGCUUGCCCGGCCCGGGGCCUGGAGGAAGCUUGAGAGCAAAAAGGAACAUGUCACCAGUGUUUGGAAUCCACAGGGCUUUCUAAAUCCGGGGUCCACAGGCAACCCACCCAGUUUUGUCUGCUUUCCCUGCUGCAGUGGCUCCCAAAAUUCUGUAUUUUCGCCUGAUUCUGUGUUUGAAAAGGCUUGACUCCAAUUUCAAAGAACGUUCCUGUUUUUGCUUUUGGUGCUCCUCUUUGGCAAAAUGACUUGUGCUGGAGGGCGUUGGUGACAGAGCAGGAAGUUACUGCUGCCUUACCUUGGCGGAGGGCAGGCUUGGGAAGUGGGUCAGGGACCUGCUUCCUUUACUCACUUGUUUGCAUCGUCCUGUUUGCAUGGACUCCCCUCCCCCAUGUUUCUCUCUGAUCUCAGAUUUCACCUUGUUAUUUUUAGCUGAAUGUAAAUUCUUUGUUAUGUGCUCUCUGAAUUGGCUGCCUUUGUCUUUUUUAUUUAAGAACUCUUUUCCCUUGGGGCUGGUGUUAUGGUGUUGUGGGUUAAGCUUUCAUCUGUGACACCCACAUCCCAUAUCAGAGUGCCUGGCUGCUCUGCUUCCAAUCCAGGUCCCUGCUUAUGUGCUUGGGGAAGCAGUGGAAAAUGCUUUUGGACCUCUGCCAUCCACAUUGGGAGACUCGGAUGUAGCUCUUGGCUCCUGGUUUUGACCUCUUCUUGUCUCUCUCUAACUCUACUUUUCUCAAAUAAAUAAACAAAUUAAAAAAAAAAACUGCUUUCCCCAGUUAUUUUUCUUGAAAUUAAAUUUUCAGAGAGCAGAAGAUAUUUAUAGGGUAGUUGGCAGUGGUGAUAAUGAGGACUGGUAUGCAUGUGAGUGUGUGGUGUAUGUGUGUGCAUGCGUGUCUUUGUUGGUUUAUGGGGUCAUUUCUUGGAGGAGUCUGGUGCAUUUCACUUUUCUCAAUAGUUCCUGACAAAUACAAGCCAUUGGUGAAUGAGCUCAUAUUCCACUCAAGGUCAAUUAAUCGUGCAGAAGUCAUAAUGCUUGGGAGGUCAAGGUCCUUCUUAGUGGCGAUGCCAGUGCGAAUUCUGUGUUUGAAAUUCCGGUUCCUUUUGGGGGAAGGUCUCCUGCUCACUAGCUUAAUUCCAUGUGUAUGUCCUUGUCCUUGCCCUUGGGUUCAGCCCCGUUGGGGGGAAUGUGCUUCUGGACUUGUGUCCUCUUGGAAAGACCUUAAUGAGUGUGGGUUUGAGCGCCAUUAAUGCAAGAUAACUUUGCCACUCCCUACUUCUCUUGGCAGCCUUCAUUAAAGAAGGAAAGAAUUCACUUAGCUCACAUCACACUGUUGUGGCUGGAAGGGAACCCUCGCUAAUUAAUACGAGAAAUUUGUUUUGUGUCCUUGGUUAAAAAAAAAAAAAGGCGGUGCAGGUUGGUGUUGUCCACAGAAGCUUCUUGUCACUCUGACCUGUUCUGUUAAGUGUUUGAUGCGUUUUCUCAGAGUAAUCUGUGAGUAACAUUGGAGCCCAGGCAGAGAGAAACCGAGGGAGCAAUGGCAGAAUUAAUAUCUGAGAGCGUUGAUAAUUAUAUAUCAGAAUCUAAUUUUUAGCACAGAAAAUGUGUUAAUGACAGAGAGGAAAACAAAAACCACUAGCAUCUCCCAGCAGGCCCCAAAGUGUCAUUUAUUAUUUCUCAGCUGGGUAUCUAUCAAGUUUAUGGGUUAAUUUUUCUGUAGACUGUUAUUUAUGGGUUUUUGUUUGUUUUCAGCCAUCAUUACUAACAAUACGGUUAAUAGCAAUCAUUUGUUACCCAGCACUAGGCGUGAUGCCUCAGAUGAGAGCACUGAACUGAGAAUACUCAUUUGGUAGCUGAAUAAGGCCCUGACAGGGCCCAUUUAUAACAAGCUCAUUCUAUAAUGUCCAUCCUAUUAAUAAAAUUUUGCUGCUGUCUAAUUAGAGAUGUCUGAUGUGGAUAGGAGCGCAGCGGAGGAGACUUUUUGCUGCUGCUUUUUUUUUUAAACUCCCUUCCCUGGUCUCUCCUGUCACAGCCCAGUUCAUGUGGGAAUGUGGGUUUGAGAAACAAAAGGAGUGAGGAGCGAGCUGAGGAUGGAGGCUUGGGGUGCAAUGCGUGGUGGCAGUGUGGCGUGAGGACUGAAGGCAGGAGUUCUGUGGGCUGUCCAGUCCCUCUCUUUUCUUUUCAUCCCGUGGGUCAUCUGCCUGGGUCAGUCAUUGGCAGUUUGCCUUUUAACUGCAACCGUACACGGCGCGACCACAAGAUCCUGUGAUUGCUUUCCUAACAAAGACCCCAAACCUAGACAUUCAAGCCUGUGCAGAAGUCUUCCAAGUCAUUGCGAUUGCGCCGUAAGGUAGCACAUUUGUUCUUAUGCCACUGCCAAGUCUCAGAGAAUUCCGGAAACACCUCUCGGUUUGUUUGCAGAUGCAGUCUAAUGGUGUUUCAGUAAAAAAGUGAGUAGUCUCCGCAGAUAACAAUUUGCAGUGAUGUAGAAGCCAUCACUCUGAGUGUUUUGUGGUGGUCCUGCUAUGGAUCAAGAGACUGAUGGAGUUCAGUCACUUUUUUUUUCUUUAUCCCAAAAAUCCUUUUUUUUUUUUUUUUUUUUUGGCUUUCAUUGUUGUUAAUUAGGAAUGUGCCGACCUAUUAGAGAACUUGAAUUCCAACAGCCAACAGCUGCUUCCACAUACCGACGUCCUUGUUUUGUAGUGAAAUGGUUUGGGAUACAUUUCUGAAUUGUUGGUCUUGUCUCCUCUCCAUUCCGAACAGACGAGUUGAUGAAUUGUUGUGAGGUUCAAGUCACAUUCCUGAACAUACUUAGCCACGUUUCUUCUCCAGUGCUAGCUCACUGCUAUUAUACUUAAUUUUGGGGGGGGAGUACCAUCUAUAGAAAAACCCACCCCCACCAAACCCCUUUAGAGUCAUUUUAGGCACUGUUGUACAAACAGUUUUACUAAUUUUAUUCCUGAUAAGGUUUUUUUGAGGGUUAAUACAAAAAUGUAUACAGCACACACCAAUUUUUAUCCUCACAAUGAAGCUUAUUGUGAAGUUUGCUCUGUUUAGAGGGGAAAAAGGAAUUUAGAAUUCAAGAGCAAGAUAUUUCCCGAGUUCGGCGAGUGCUCGGAAUCACGCACCUUUGAAUGAAGAGCAGCCGCUCAGGCAGUACGCUCUAGAAUGUUUUCAGAUAGUUUUGUUGCUAGGUAACUAUUUUUUUUCCCUCUUUAGUAAGCUUUUCCCUCCCGCCCUGUGAAAUGUUUUGCAAAUGAUCUUUCAAAUAAAAGCGAUCGUCUAAUAUUUUUCUCCAACCUUAUCUGUUUGAUUUUUGCACAUGAAACUUUUUUUUUUUUAAAUACAGCUUUGAAACAUUUCCAUUCUCAGCUGGCGAGGAAGGCGCUGUCUAGAGUGGAGCUUGUGCAGGCCUGGCUAGUGGACUGCUUCCACUCCCACUCCCCUCCACCCCCAGCUGCACUUACUACAGCUUAUCAGGCCUUCAUUAGUGCUACAUUUUCUUCCUGUGAUUCCUAUUGAUGUGUGGUCCAGAAAGCUGGAUUGAGCCUCCACCUGACUGGUGUGCAAAUUGUUUUAGAAAAUUCAGCAAACAUCUCUCUCCAUUAUCCCUCCCCUCAUCUGCAGCGCCCCCCUCCCCUCGGUUUCCCCCUCUCCUCGGUGUCUGUCUCUCUUGCAUUCCCCUCGGUAGGAAAGGUGAAAAGCAGGACGAUAGGAAUCAGGUUGAGUAUUAGUGUUUUUGCUGGCCUGUGCAAUAGAGAACGACAAGCGGCCCGGCCGGGCCCUCUGUCAGCAGAACGCGGUGCGGGCGGGGCGGCGGGAGGCGGGGGCUCCGCCGCGGCCUGGGAUGGCUGCAAUGUGAUUGUGAGCCCCACGAUGAAGUCAGCACUGACAAACUGAGGGGAUUGAUGGAUGGACAAAGCGGGGAACUGGAUGUGAGAAUGGAUGAGGGCAGAGGGGGAAUUUAACACAGACAAACAGAAUGAAAGACAGAGAGGAAUUGCCUGCUGAAGUAUGCCCGCCCUUAGCUCCCACAGCAAUUUACUGGCUGCUAACCCAACACCCAAGGAUCCUUUGCAUCUUUGCAGAUUUCCCUGCCAGCCGGGGCCCAGGGACAGCCACAGAUCUCUGCUGGCCUGGGCCAGGCUUUCUCUUUGAACCUCCUCCCACCCCACUCUGCCGGCUACGUUCACCUGCGCUCAUUUAAUUCAAACUGAGCAGCUGAUUAUUCCCAAUAAGUUCACACAGUGUGGCUGCUGAAUAAAUUUUCUUCCCUGCCAUUAUUUGAAUGUUUCCACUAAAUUUACUUUAAUCAGUUAUUGUUGCUUUUGUGUGGUAAAUAAUGAUAUUUACCUGCUCCUUUGGAAAAUGAUGGUUGGGGAAAGAGAUUUUUUGUCACAUAAGGAAGGCGUGGGAUAGUGGGGUGAUGCCUGCAGGAAUGGAGAUGACAGUGCAGGAAAAAGUUGGUGGCUUCGUACCCUUCCUCGGGCCGUGCGUGUUACUGUAUGGCUACAGAUUUAGAGCUGGUCACCCUUUAUUUCAAAGCACCAAAGGUAUUCUAGCCCAAACCCCAAAUAUGUUACAUUAGCAAAGAGAAAAUUAAUUGGGAGAGAAAGAAAAGGUGAAUUGUUUUUUCUUAAGAGAAGUGGCAAGUAUUGCGUAUUUGAUAACAGGUUUCUUAUUUAUAGAGGUUAUUUCAGAAAAUAAGUCUGUGGUCAGAAAGCUGUCUUAUUUAUUUAUUUUUGAAAUUAUUCGGUUGGUGAUUGUGCAAAGCAACAGAAAGGAAAUCAAAUUAUUUUGGUUUAAUACCAUACUCAAAUAUGUGGUUUAUUUUUCAGAUUUUGUUUUCUUGUUUGAAUAAGGAAAGCAACUUUGUGAAACCAGUUGGUUUAAAGGCCUCAAACAUGAGAUAGUGUUAUUAAAAUUCCAAAAGAGAAACCUGAUGAAACAAAACACAGCAUUUGUUUGGAGAGCGAAGAAGAAGCUUGUUCCCAACAUAAUACCAUCCAGCCUUGUUUCAAAAUGAGCCACUAUAUGAGGGAACUUCAAAAAGUUCAUGGAAAAAUAGGAAAGAAAUAUAUUUUGGUGCAAAGAGUUUGAAGUGCAUGCACGUUUUUCCACACUGUGCAUUUUCCGUGAGCUUUUUGAAGACGCUUUGUAUUUUCAGUAUUUUUAAAAAAUAUUUAUUUAUUUAUUUUAAUGUUAGAGCCACACAGAGAGAGAGAAGGGGAGAGGAAAUGAAAUAGAGGGAGAGGGAGUGGUAGAGAGGAAGAUAGGGAGAAAGCUGGAGGGAGAGAAGGAGAGAGAGAGAGAAGGAUUCCAUCCUCUGGUUCACUCCUCAAAUGGCUGCAACAGCUAGGACUAGGUCAGGCCAAAGCCAUGAGUCAGGAGCUUCCUCUGGAUCUCCCACAUGGGUGGCAGGGGCCCAACCACUUUGGCCAUCCUCCGUUGCCUGCCCAGGCACAUUAGCUGGGAGUUGGAUUGAAGUGAAGCAGCCAUGUCUUGAACUAGCACCCAUAUGGGAUGUUGGCAUAGCAGGAGGUAGCUUUACCCACUGUGCCACAAUGCUUGCCCCAUAUUUUCAGCAUUUUUAAGAAACUUAGGACCUUAGGGUACUGGUGGAAUCUGUUUCUUUUUUUUCAUACAUUGAAGAAUGCUUUGUAUCUUAGGGUUGAUGCUGAUGAGUUGUACUAUUUCCUUUAUCCACCACUUCCCACCGAAAUAUAAAGUUGGUUCUUUCUCUCUCCCUCCAUCUUUCUCCUUUAUCUCCUCCUCCCAAAAGAAGUAGCUUGAAAAAAUUGUCUCUGAUUUUUUUGGCUCUGUAAUGCAAUUUUUUUUAUUAAUGAAUGCUAAUCUACAUGUUCUCACAACAUUGCAUAAUUUACUUUUAAAAGUAUUAGUUUAUUUUACUUGAAAGAGAAACACACACACAGAAUCAGAAAUCUCUCACCCACUAGGUCACUCCUUAAAUGCCCAUGAACAGCCAGGGCUGGGUUAUGCUAAACCCAGGAGUUGGAAACUCAGUCCAGGUCUCCCAUGUGGGUGGCAGGGACCCAACGACCCAUCCCUUGCUGCCUUCCAGGGUGCACAUUAGCAGGAAGCUAGAUCAGGAAUGGAGCUGAGAGCCUGAAUAGAGGUGCUGUGUUAGGGGGUACAGGUGUCCCCGGUGGUGUCUCAAUUGCUAUGCCACAUGCUUGAUCCCCAACACAGCUGGUUUUGAACCUGAUACUUUCUGAUGACAUACCUCCAGGGUGCCUUUACUUCUCUCCUGAGAUUUCAUGGAAGAACAUUUUAAGAAAUUGAGUGGGGCCGGCGCUGUGGCUCACUCAGUUAAUCCUCCGCCUGUGGCACCGGCAUCCCAUAUGGACGCGGGGUUCUAGUCCCGGUUGCUCCCCUUCCAGUCUAGCUCUCUGCUGUGGCCUGGGAAGGCAGUGGAGGAUGGCCCAAGUGCUUGGGCCCCUGCACCCGCAUGGGAGACCAGGAGGAAGCACCUGGCUCCUGGCUUCAGAUCAGUGUAGCUCCGGCCGCAGCGGCCAUUUUAGAAGGGCUGUUGAGCACCCCUCAAACACAUUAACAUCUCCUUUAUGGCUGAGGCCAAGGUCUUGGGAAAAGAGCUAUGGACUUGCUAGAUACGAGUGUGAGUUACACAAAGAAGUGAAGAAGUUAUCUACUGCAUGGAGCUCUGUGUGACCUAGUUUCAGGCAUGCCAUAGAUGAUCUUUCACCCAGUACAAGUCCAGAAGUGGAUUUGUCCUCAUGCUCACAGCAGGUCCUUGUCUGGCCUAGAGGUCAUGCCACCCUCCUGUGGUUAUCCAGCAUCCUUUAGGCACAAUCAGAGCUACCUGACCACUUGGGUGCUGUAUUGUGUAUCAGUCUUGGUAGGGAUUGGUUUUUCACAGGUUUGACCAAUAAUUUAAUGAGAAAUAAAAUUAAGUUUAUUAAAGCUGGCUCACAUGUGGCCCAGAGAUUUGGCUUCAUAUAAUAGAUCACAUGGAUUUCUAGUCUUUUUUUUUUUUUUUUUUUUUUUUUGUAACCUGGACUCCUGGCAUACCACAGAGAUCUGGGAGAAACUUUCAAGGAAAGGAUAAUGUCCCUUCUAUUGCAUGGAGUCCUGAUUUGUAGAGGUAGGUCUACUUGCCUUGGGUAUCUACUUGCCUUUGAUCAUCAUACUGGAUUUACUAGCGCAUCCCAUAAGAAUCACUGCAACUGUGCAAUCCAGGAGAAUGCUCACUGGGGCCUGAGCCCCGCCUCCUCAGAUACUUUGAGCUGGUAGGAGGGGCUGAAGUGUGUGCCAGGUUGUUUGUAUUUGUUUUUGUGAAAGUCCUUUGGAGGAUUCUGCUGAGUGUUCUGAGACCGUAGCCUCCCUCUUCUGUGUUCCUUGUGAGUCCCUGUGGGUGAUGCUGGGGCAUCAUCCCUCUCAGUCUCCAUCUUUUCUACCUUUGCGUUGGAUGGUAAUAAACAAGGAAAGUUUCCUUUGGUUUUGUUUAAUGCCUCUCAAUUUAUUUUUCCCUUUAUUGUAGACAUGAAUAUGGUCCCUGUAGAAAGUUAAAAAAAAUUGGGAAGUUCCAAAGGACAAAAAUACUUGUAAUUCCACCCCUUAGAAAUUAUCAGUGCUAGAAUUUUGUUGUCUAUCUUCUCUGCAAUUUAAAACAUACAUAUUCAUAGCACUUCAGAAAACCGGAAUCAUAGAAUCUUCCUUAGGAUGUCUUUGCGCGUACUCAUAUGUAUUUUGAACAUUCUUUCAUGUCAGUAAUGAUUACUUUGAGAUACAGUGUUUCAUGGAGGACCAAGAUAUUUGGCCAAACUUUGUUUGCCAGUCUCAUGUUGUUGGACAUUGAGGUUACUUAAGUCAUUUUCCCAUAUGAAUAGUGCUGUGAUGAACUUUGAUCUAAGUGGCAAUUGGAGAUAAACUGAUUAUUAUUUUUUGAACAGGUGUUUAUCCUUCCUUCUUUCCAUCCCUCUGUCCACCUAUCCCUUAUGUAUGAACUCUUGAAGGAUUGUGAUAGAGAACCCAUGUCUGCCUCAUGCCAGCGGUCUCUUCUGAGAGCCCUGGAGAAUGUAAAUUGCUCACUAAGUUAUUGUGGUCCGUCAGUAUUAUUAAUACUGCUGGUAUCAUGGUCAUCUGCUUUAGAAUGAUCAAUAAUAAGACAUAGUAGUGUUGGAGGAGACAUCCUGAAAGAUGAAGGCAUCCAGGAUAUCAGCCCCACCUGGUACAAUCAGAGCAGCACGACUUCCAGGGUUUCACAAUAGUUUUUUUUUUUUUUUUAAAGAAAGUUUUACUGCUAACCAAUUGAUCUAACUCCAUUCCUCCCCUAGAUGAAGGUACUACAGCUUAGACACAUUGUGACUGAUGUAUUUCACAGCUUACUCUGUAAGCCUCUUUUUGUUGAGUAUUCUGUUACUUGCAACCUAAAGCAUUUUCAAGAAUAUAAAAUUCUUGGAACAAUAUCCUCUGUCCAGUGCACUGGAAUUAAGAUGUGCUCAUGGGGUACCUGCAAGACCCUCCUCGACUCUACACUAGGUAGGACAAAGGUGGAGCUACACCUCUGACAUUGAUGGCAAGUCUUGUAUGCACUUGGGUUCAAGCUAGCAGGUGGCCUUAGCCUCUAUUCUCUGCGUGGGAACAGAGACCCUGAGGUUCCAUGAUGCAGUUUGAACUGAGCCCCUCCUCUCCUGCUGCCUCCUCACAUGACUCUCGCACGGGUCUAUCUUCAUAAACGGUAAUUUCAGUAGCCCAUUUACUCCACAUAAAAGGUGAGUGACUCCGUUUAUAAUAAGUCUCAGUGUGGUGCACAUGCUAUCAUUCCCUUCAUUUGACCUUGGUGGAACAGGCUGAUGGGGCAGUGAAAAGGACGAUAUGAAAAAUGAGUGAGCAGAGCGAAGUGAGCAGUGAAUCAGUCUUGGGUGUGAUUAGCUGUGAAAAAUCCCAGCAGUAUGACUAGAGUCACUCUUUCCUUAUUCCUUGCCUCUCUUCCAUGAUCUCUCAUCAGCUGCCCCACAAGUGAAUUUGCCCAUGUGGCUGCCGAGUUCCCAUCGUUGGCCAUCACAUCCUUUCAGAGCUUCCUGAAUGGCGAGAUCUGGGGUGUGGGGAGUUGGGCUCAGUGAGAUAAAUUGUAUUUGGGGUUUGGGUCUGGGGUCAGGCUGGUGCAGCUCAGCUGAAGCCUUUUUGGGCAUCCCUUCUGGGGACAUGUUGAGAAGACGUGAGUAUGACAGAGUGACUUCAGGAGGUGUUGUAAAUCUGCAAUUAUACCCGGGACUCAGUGACUUGCAGUUGAGGUCUCCAUCAGCUCCGUUUGCAGAGUCAAGCCCUAUAAAAGCAGGGCGAUGGGGUGGUAAAUCAAGCUUCCCGGGGAAUGGUGAGAUCCUGCCGCAGAAGGCUGGAGCACAUAAAACGGGAACUUGCCUUUAAUGGCUCUUACCACUAUGCAGCAGAGGCCACCUUGGUGGCACACCUAGCCGUUUUUGGAAUAGCAUUUCCUGAUGCCUUGGGUCUCUUAUAGGGAUGCUGUGCUUGGAUGCCCCUUAUCUGUGAUGUCCGUAGGACAGGAGUCAAGGGGGGAGAGGGUCAUGAGUGGCUGGUGAGGCUUCACAUGGCUGACACAACGAGACAAUAGAGGGUUGCCUCUGUAUCAUCAGCACCUACAGGUGUUGCCUUCCUGCUCUGCAGAUGGCUUGUGUUCAUCUUAGGAACCAGCAUAGGGUAGAGUGUUCAUGGAAAAUGGAUAUCUACUGACAGGUUCUCUGAUGGCCACUGUGGGCGUGUUCUUUAUUUAGACCUUGAGCAUGUAUUCUCUGAGCACUGAGCAAAAUUUAGUAGUUCUGCCAUUUUAGACAAGGUAUGUCCUACUUACUGGGAAAAAUUAGUUAGGAUUAUUUCUAAGUGUUUAAAAUGUUGUAUUGCCUCAAGAUGUUGUCUCCAGCAAGUAUGUGAGCAUUGGUUUUUGGAGGAUGAGUUACAUGAAGAGUACAUGGUAACUAGCUUUUCACGUUUUCCUGUCUGAAUGGGCCCUGGUUUUCCUUGAGGUGGUCAAAUACUGCAGUCUUACUUAUUGUGCAUCAGUUGUUGCCAUCACAGUGUUGCUUGAUGAGAUAGCCACAUGUAGUGGCACUCGAUGAUAAGCUGGUAUAAUCACAUGUGCGGCUCUGUGAGUUGGCUGGGGAAGCUUCAGCCCAUGCUGGCUUGGCUAGGCUGGUCUGUGUGCUUUCCUCCAUAUUUCUCUUUUGACUGGAGCAAAUGGACUUUCCAGGCAAGUUUGUCUUACUUGGAGUGUUAGAUGCUCUCAGCAGGGUGGUAGAAAUAAUUGUACCAUUAGACUUUGACUCAGAGCUGGCCCAUUGUUAUGUCAUUCCUUAUGCUAUGAGCCUAAGGAAGUCUUGUAGCAAGGCCAUCACCAGUGGGCUGGGGAUAAGAUACUCCGGUGAUAGUGACUAUAAAAUCACGUGGCAGGGUGCCUAGGCCCAGGAAGAAUGAAGAAUUGAGAACAAUUUUGUAAUGCAAGUUCUUUGUUGUUUUCAUCAGCAUGUGAAUUAUUAAGCAUCUGUUAUGAACCUGGUUUGAUUCUCCAUCAGAACUAAGAUGAUAUUCACUUUGAGUGUUUUCACAACUUUCAGAUAGCUUAGGUGGAUUAGUAUGGUCUCGUGUAGAAAAUAGAAUAGGUAUUUAGAAAAGGCAUUUAAAAAAAGGAGUGGAGUUUGGAAAUAAGAAUGGUGGACAUCACUGUGUGUUCUUUGUUAUUUUGGUGAAAUUCACAGCUGUGUUUGUGAGUUAUUGUUGUAGGCAACAAGGAUAAUAUCUCAAAGAGGACAAAUACCUCUGUCACUCAACAUUUUCUCCUGUCCUGGUUGUGAAUUUUAGAUAUGUGGCUGACUUGAGCUCAUAGAAUACAGUGAAGCAGAUUAACAAAUCAUCACAAAAAGCCCAAAGAGAAUAAGAAGAGAAAUAGGUUAGGGUAAAUUUUCAUUUGGCAUUCAUUUCCCCAAAGAUAGACUCACUCAGCAAACAUUACAAGAUUGACAAUUGGGUAUUAGAUGCAUAACAUGUCCAAACAGUUAAGCUGUUCUUCAAUUAACACCCAACCCUGAAAUGCCAUAUGGGCUACCAAGUCUAGCAAGGAUGUAGGAAAUUUGGCAGGAGUCCAGAGGAACUGUAGACAUAACAAUACGUUGAGAAACGAUGGAGCCUACGAGCUUUAUAGGAUCAGCAUUAUUUGCCUAAGGAGGAGAAGCUUGAAGGAUGCUCUUCGUGUGCACAGGGAGUGGGUCUGUGUGAGAAGGUUCUAUGUGAAUAAAAGACAUUUACAUGUAAAUGUGUUCACAUUAAGUCAGCCCUUAACUUCACAUGUGAGGUUUACGUGUAAGUCCAUUCAUGUUAAGUUAGAACUUCUCUCACUUGCUAUGUCUUGUAGUGGUGACCCAAGGUGUGUCUCUCUUGUAGGGUAUCUAUUCAGGGCUGAUUUAAUUUUAACUUGUAAGCACGGGGUCAUGGAUGGUUGCUAUCCCGUGUGGUUAUGUAUUGUUCUCUGCUGAGGCAGGGAGACUAAAUGUGUUCAGAAAACCUGUUUCUGGAUGUUGAGAGAGGAGGUAGGACUCUGUACAGCCUUGGGGAUCACUGGCUGAGGCUGAGUAUUCUGUCUUCUCAUGCUAUGGGAGGGCCACGGCUAGUCUCUGUGAGUGGGAGGCCCACAGGCUGUGUCACAGAGACUGCCAUCAGAAACGAAAGGCCUGCUAUCCAAAUUAAUCUGUAAGCUGAAUAUGAUAGGAGAAACUUUCAGGUUGUGAGGGGAAGUUUUCUUCCUUGUGUUUUAUUUUUUGAUGAUUUAUGCAAAGGCCUUGUAAAUGAGAUGCAAAAGCCCAAAGUUCUCCUGUGUACCUGAAGUACACGUUGACAACAUCUCUCUUAUUUAAAACACAAAUUUAAUGAGGAAAAUGGCAUACUCCUCGUGUUGUUUUCUACUUAGCCCAGAAUUACCAUAUAUCACACUCUAAGAUUGUUUUCUUAAAUUUGCAGUAAUAUAGAUUAUUGAGUCUAUGUCUUCCCAUAUAAUCCAAAAUUUGAGAAGUUUUACUCGUACGUUAAACUUUGGUAAAAUAAGAAAAUUAUACACAUGGGAAGGAAGGGAAAAUCAGCAGUGAAAACGAAGGCACAGGAAGGAAGCAUUAUACUUUUGAGAGCAAAAGAGCAGGGGCCAUAGGAUUUUAUUUCUCUCUUGCUGUUUGUAGACCCUUUACGUGCGUCACUUCUCAUGUCUGAUGUUUCCGUCUGUGCAGGAGAAGGCUUGGAGUUCAUCUCACGAUUCCCUCCAGUUCUAAAACCCUUUGAUGUGUGGUUUGUGUUAAAACUCCCUUGCAGGAGCAGCAGUGUUUACCUCUGCCCAUUUUGCGGGUGCAGAUAGUCUCCCAAGGUCAGGCUCUGUGCAGCCUCAGUGAGCGGUCUCCAGGUUGCUUAGUAAAAGGGUGUCCAGUUGAGAAUAUCAACCCCAGGACCACUCCCCUGCUCCCUUGCUUCCUUCUCAAGUGGUUAAUUCCAUGUGGUGCAUUUUCCUGUUGGUCCUGAACUCUGCCUCAGAAUUCUUGUCAUCUCAACCUUCACCUACCAGGUGACCAGGCUUAACAAUGACAGUGAAACCUCUUUAUUCUCCUUGGCCCUGGGUAUGUGGACUUCUGAAAAUUCAGAGAUUAGAACAGAGGGUGGCAAUCUAUGAAAAAAUAGACAUGUACCUCAAAAGCUUCUAGUUUAAAGUAUUGGGUAAGAAGCCUGAGAGACUGUGAGGAGAAGUCAUCGAGGGCAGGAGUUAGUCUGGAUUUCUUGAAGAUGUUUUGAAUCUCUAGAGUGAACUUUUUUUAACCGUGCAGUCUUAUCCUGUGGGUUCGGAGGAUACCGUGGAAGCUAGGUUGCAGUGGUAGACAACAGGUAACUUUUCCACAACAUGGUAGUUUUUUACAUAACCAUUUUGUGUUGGGUGCAGUCUGAGACUGUUUGUAAAAAGCUCACAGUACGUGACACUAGCCUUCCAGCCUAGCAGUUUCAAAGCUGUCCAGGCUUUGGGAGUUGUCACUUUGCACCCUGGAUAGCUCUCUGCUCUGAGUGUCUUUAAAGAUGGGGCUGAGAGGGUGUGUGAGGAUGGGGAAGAAUUUGCUGUCUGAUGACACAGAGAAGGAAAAGGUCAUGAUCCAUACAUGUAUUUAUAUACAUUAUACAUAUAAUGUAUAUGUAAUAUCUGUCUAAAUUUUAAGGCACUUAUUCUAAAUAUUCUCAAUUUGAAAUUUACAGUAAGAAUGGUGCGAAGAAGAAAAAUAUAUUAAGAUUUGGAGUUUCAUUGUGUGUAUAAAAGGCUGUUGUCAAAUCCCUUGACUUUAACAGGAAUUAAAAAAUGCCCCCAGUGGUAGAUUAUUCGGGAUUCUCGGUGUAUGCUCUGGCUGGACCUGGGUCCUCAGAUUGCAGGCAGUACUGCUAGGACGCUGUGCUCAGCUCUCUGUCCCCAGCUCAGCUCAGUUAUGUGCGAAGGUCCUUUUCUGGAUGACGUAUCAUGUUGUAUUCCAAAGUACACUUUCUUUUAAUUUACAACUUAAUUUUCAACCUAAUUCAGAAGAUUGAUACUAUAAUGCUAUUUGCAGAAGUAUUGAAAUGUCAGUAAGUUUUAUUGUAGUAAUAAAGAGUAUUCCAUAUAUCACACACUCUGUAGGGAUCCUUGCUUUUUGCAUAGAUCUUCAUAGCAACAACUGGUGGCUAAAUGCUGGCAAUCAUUAAUUUUUAAAGAAGACGUGGUUAUGACGAGUUGAGGAAUUAAGGCUGGUGGUGAGGAAUGAACUUUAAUUUUUUUGACACCUUUUUUUGGGGGGGUUGCAUACUAAGGUGAGGCGACAGCAAGAUGAUAAAAAAUGGCCCAAAUCCCAGGUUCCUAAUACUUAAAAUGCUGUCUGCUCGUAAAAAGAUUUUAGUCAGAGAGAGGCCAUCUUUGAGCUCCUCGUAACAAAUGGGUAUCAGUGGCCCAUGAAAUAAUCAAUGCCACUAAUCCAUCCUAGGGCCUGCCAAUAUGUUAAUGGCCCUGGUGCAUCGUUAUUGCUACAAGACCAUAAAUCAUCCCAGUACCAGAAUGCAUCGCUGUCGAGGCCUCAAACCCCUCGCCUGGAAUAAAAUGCUGUCUCCUAACAAUUAAAGUCCAAACAUUUUGCAGCUUUGUGCCUUGAUUGUUUUCAGAUGCUAAAAAAGUAAGUAGGACAGAUUGUAAAUCAAUAAAACUAUAAGACAAAGUGUUUUAAUAAUAGGGAGGUUCAGAGUAAAUCAUAGUUCCGUGUUUAUUAUUGCUUUUGGGGUUAUAAAUAAAGAGUUACUUUCUGCUACCCAGCAAGGCUACCAAGUUAACAUGGGGACACUAGGUCUGGGGCUAGCCUCUCAGAAUGCGAUUUCCUCCAAUUUGGGUUCACUUGAGCCACAAACCCAACUCUGUUGUAGGCACUGAUUCGUAUAUAGCAGACGGGUAUGGGAGCCAGUUCAAUGAGGCGGGGCUUCUUGUUGACAAACAGCAGGAAAAUGGCUUCGUGGGCAGCAUCAGGCUUCGAAUGGUCAUUGUGGUGACAUUUCAGUGUGGUUAGUUGUUUGCCUUUGGUGACAUGAGUGAUGGAAUCUACCUAAAGCAUCACGCAGGUUGAUUUGGGGUGCUUAGGGGCCUCUCCUGCUUUCCUUUGCAUUGACUUAUCUGGCCCAGGAGGUCAACUUUGCCUGUAUUGUGGACAAAACUCGGCAUCUAUUUGGGAAACAGAGUUGCAUCCGAUUGAUCUGAUUCCCUGUGGUCCGUGUCCAUUUAGUCUGCUAUUGAAGGAGUUGGGAAACACGAUAGGAAGUCAUUAGCUCCACCUCUACAGACAAAGUUUAUUUGUGCCCAUUAUGGUGCUCCUUGUCCUACAGCUGUACUUUUCGGCAAGCACCCUUGUGCAUUGACAGUGGUCAGAUACUCAACCUGGGAAAGUGGGCUUGUCAUUUGCUUGGGAGCAAGAUGCUCAGUGAAACUGCCCUGAUGAGCUGGAUUCUGACCACGAAGGGGGUUGGGCUGAGCCCAUUUCCCAUGCCAGACUGAAUGCUGUAACAAACAGAAAGUCAACAAUGAGUGGCAACCGGGCAGAAUGUGGUGUCUUGGGUACCUAUGGAUUUUAGUUAACUGUGAUGCUGAAAAGACCCUGUUUCCAUACCAAUACCAUGAAAUGUCACAUUCCCAGUACACAUUCAUCAACUGGCGUAAAGCAGGAGAAGGAAGACGCCUUGGCCUCUGGCGAGAUGCCCCUCUCUUGCCUUUGUGCACCCCCAGCUCGAAUGGGUAUUUGUAGUUUAUUUUGGUGCUCGGGAAAUAGCACAGGAAAAGGCCAGAAAAACAGUGGCUCCAUAUAGACAGAAAGACAAUUAAAACUGAUAUGACUCUUAACAGAAGUGGCAAGAGCAGGCAGGAUGGAAGUAAUUUAUUCAACGAAUUGUCCAAAUACAUAAAAUUGCACUGAUGUAUGGUGUGGCAGUGGGACAGUGGAAAAUUUGAUAGUUGUUUCCGUUGUGUGAAUCACUCAGACAGGAUGCCUUUGUGAAGUGUGGGGGUUUGUUUAAUGUUCUGACAACAAUUUAGAUCCUGUUAUGGUUAUUGCAGUGUAAUGCCGUAGUAAAAAUUGAACAUGACACACCAGCAAUUUAUUAUUUGUGUGUUUUUUAACCUUGAGUAUCGGAUUGUUUGUCCAAGCAUAUCCUUUGAUUUGCUAUGAAAUUUGUUGUUGAUAAAAACAAUCAGAUUUCCAUUAGAAGCAAAAAAAAUUAUUAUUAUUAUUUUUUUUCGCCAUGAACAGUAGAUUUAGGGAAAAAAAUUCAGGCUAGGCUGCAGGACUUAUGACAGGUAGACUCAUGACAUUAUAUGGUAAUUCAGCAUGAAAGAAUAAUUGUGACACUCUACUUGGUUGUGGAGUAUAAUCGUGCUGUGAGGUUCAAUUCACUGAAAGGCCAAAUUAUCUUCAACUGCAUUAGUCUGACAACCUGUAAUGCUCUGCCGAGGCAAUUUGUAGAUGUUUCACAGAGUGCCAGCAAACAGGGCUCCCCAUUAUGCCACCCAUUAACAAAUUUGUGUAGGGAAAAAAGUAACUUUUCCAUUUUCCCGACUGUUUUCAAGCUUUGCAACAUAAUAAAUAUCUAAUAGUAGUAUUUGCAUCACCAUUUACUCUCUGAGUUUUAGAAGUUAUCUGUGGCAUGGGAGGAAAGAUUGAUCUCUGAGGCCACACAGCCUGAGCAACGUUGACAUUGUCUUCAACCUGAAGAACUGUGUGGUGUCAUGAAAAGAGGCCAACAUUUGCACACUGUAGACCUAUGCUCUGCUUGGAACUCAGCCCCAGCCCUUUCUGCAGUCAGUUCUUAGGCUCUCACUCUGGAUUUCAGUUGUCCUUUCUCUAAAUUGGGAACUUUCACAUUGCUAAGAAUCUCCACAACAGGACUCAACCGAGGACUUCUUGGUAUUGUUCCAAGCUAUUGUCAGGCAGUCUUUCUGGAGAAGCUGAGGAGUAGCAGAGUAUUGCUGGUUGUGUACUGCUGCUGGUUUUAGGGAAUGGAGUCACAGGAUCACCAAGGGUGAGACUCUGUCAGUGCUGUCACUUGGGGUUGAAUGUCCUGCUGGAGUGUGUUUUGUGGGAUUGCACCUGCCUAUGGAUACCUAUCUCCAGUACAAAACCCAGGACUAUGCCAAACUGGAUUGCUCGACUUUUAUCAUCUCAGACACGGCAUGAGAACAUUAGCUUUUCUUGAAAGGGAGAAUAAAGCUGCUUCUUUGCUAUUGAAGUUUAGGGACACUGGGGGCAGGUGUGUGGCACAAUGGUUAAGUCACCACUUGGGAUGCCUGCCCCCAGUGUCAGCAAGUGUGAUUUGAGUCCCAGCUCCUCUGUUUCAGAUCCAGUUUCCUGCUAAUGCACACGUUGGCUCAGGUGCUUGGGUGCCUGCCACCCAUAUCAGAGACCUGAAUAUAGUGCUGGUCUCCAAGUUUCUGUCUGGCCUAGCCCUGGCUGUGGUUAAGCAUUUGGAGAGUGAACCAGCAGAUGGAAGAUCUCCAUGUUUCUGUCUCUCUGCCUUUCAAAUUUAAAUAAAAAUUAAAAAGAUAGAAACAAAAAGAAAUUUAGGGUUAUAGUAUAGUUACUGAUUUAAAAAUCCAUCCAUUGAUGUUAUCAGGCGAGUCCUUAAAAUGUUGAUUAUGUGUGCAGGUGUUUCUUCUUGUGGGGAUGUGCAGAGCUGUUUGGCCAAGUGUCUGAAGUAUGAGGGUGUUUCAGAAAAUUAAUGGAAAAAAAUGAAUUAAAAGAGUCACUUAUUUUGGUGAAAUUACUCAUAUCCUUGUAUUUUUUCAUAAUAUGCAUUUUCAGAGACCUUUGUGGUAGGCCUCCAUGUGCAUGCAUUUCAAAAACAUGUUUGCAUCAAAAUUAACUUACCUUGAAUUCUGUUUCCCUUGUGCUUUUUGAAAUGCCUCAUAUGUAAUAGGAAUUUUCCAUUUUCACUGGAACUUUGGGAUCUGGGGAAUCCAGUUGCUCUCUUCCUAAAGGUCAAUGCCACUUUUAUCUUUGUCUUUUCACUUUAUUUCUGCGAGCUUCUGCUCGGUUCCUGAGGGUGGGCACUCCUGGGUGGAAAUGAAGUUUACAGGGAUGGUCGGCUUACAAGGCAAGGCUGGCCCAGCAGAGGUGGCCCGAGAGGACCUUUUUCUUCUUUGUUUCCCCUUGCUCAAGGGAAUUUAUAAGAGAGUCCCAAGGGACGAAUGGGCCUGGGAACAAAGCAAUCUAUCUCCAGUAAUUGAUUUAUAAUUUAUGGUUUUAUGAACUGUCAAACUUCCUACCCUGUUUUUUGGGUAGGGUUGUAUAAAUCACUCCAUAGCACACAGUGGUGCUAGUCCCAGUGUGAGAGAAUGACCCGCUGUUUCAGGGGAGGUAGUGACUUCUGUGAAGGCUAGAUUUGGAUUGCUCCCUACCUCUUAGAACCCAGAGUUGCACUCCUCUUUGGUUGUUCCUGCAUAAUUUGAUCUAAAGUUCAAGCCUUAAAAAAAAAGGAGAAAUAUGACAUUUUUAACCAUUGCCAAAGAUUGUCUCUAACCUUGUUUGACUGGGUAGGAAGGCAUUCUGCUUAAUUAUGAAAGUCCUUUUAUUUGGACAAAACUAGUGGAUAGUUCUAGAAUCUUAGAAUAGAAUUGUUGAAUGAAGUCAUAAGUUGAAAACUGUUUCCUUUAUAGGUUGCAAAAAAAAGUGUGUAUGUGAGUGUAUUCCAGAAAGUUUAUGGAAAAUGGAAUGAGAAGAUAAGUUUAUUUUGCUGCAAAAAAAUUGAAGUUUGUGCAUACUUUUUUCUUAAUAUACAUUUUUCAUAAAAUUUUUGGAGACUGGAUAUUCGUAGAUUUCAUUUUUUUGUGCCAAAAUAAACACAUCUUUUAAUUGCAUUUUCUGAAAACUUUCAAGUCCCCUUAGGAAAAAAAAUAUAUGUGUUGGGGUGUGUAUGCAUCCCCUGCCCUGAGGCCAGAGGUCCUGCACACUAGAAUGUUGGAUUUCUAACAUGUAGCUCACAUUUCUGGGGGAGGGUGGUCAGCAUUUAGCAUUUCAGGAGAAACGCUGCUUGGGACACCUGUACCCCAUGUUCUCGUGCUUGAGUUCAAGACCCAGCUCCACUCUUAGUCCCACCUUCCUGGCAGUGCACAACCUGAAAGGCAGCAGGUAUGGCUCAAGUGGUUAGGUCCCUGCUACCCAGUUUGUGAGAUCUGGACUGAGUUUUAGACUCCUGGCUUCAGUCUGACCCAGCUCUCGUUAUUACAGAUGUUUGGGGAGUGAACCAGUGGAUGGAAUCAAUCAAUCUCUCUCUCUCUCUCGCUCUCACUGUAUCUCUGCCCUUCCCUCCCUCCCCCCUCCCCCCUCAACCUCUUUCUCUCUCUCUGUCUCUCUGGCUUUCACAGAAACCAAAAAUAUGUAAAAUAAACAUGGGCAAACUUAGAAAAUGAUGUGUACGGAGUGUUAGCAGUUCAGUUACACUUCAUGUUUACAUGCUGGAGUGGGGAUAUCUCUCCUCCUCUUUGGUGUAAAAGCUGACUCAUGUAUGGAAGUCCAGAUGGAAGCAGGAAGGGCCUGUGCACAGGGGAAACACAUUAGGCACGGAUGCCAUCACAGUGGGGAAAAUUCAAAGGGAGAAUAAAGAAAGUUGUGGUUGGUGGUGAGUGGGGUAAUAGAUGGCUGUGCAGGUGUGCAUUCCCAGUGGUAUAGUUAAGGACACGCUGGGGCACUCAUGUUUACGCUUAAUGCUCCCCCUGUAAGUUCCACUGAACUGUUACCAGCUUACUUAGCAUCUGUAGGUGAGCCACCUGCAGAAAGGGCAUGGAGGUAGAUGAUUGUUGACUUUAUGGUUAUGGAGCCCAGCUAAUCAGUGUGCCUGCUGGGCUAUCACUCGUUAAGCCUGAGUGCUUUCUAUACCAGGUCUUAAGAUUUCUUACCGGCACAAGGAAAAAACACUCAUUUCUCAUGACCAUGGCCCCUACUGGGAGGCAAGUGCUCAUCUCCAUGGAGGGAAAAUACCGUGGGUAAAACUCUAGACGCAGAGAUUUCCAGAGUGUUUGAAAUACGACCUAUAUGCUUUCGUGGCCUCCUUCGUAGGAUGGUGCGGUUUCUCCCAGUGAGAACCUACAUGAACUCACAAGACACGCUGGCCAUGUCCUGGGUGUCCUGUUGGCUGUGUUCUCGGGUUUCUGAGAUGGCAUCGGUCACUCCUCAGCCCCAGCAAGCUGGGGAGCAUGUGGUGGGGACAGUCAGAUGCUGUCAGUCAUUGUUUAUGCAGAGCUUGAGUCACUCUGAGAGGGGGAAGAAAGUUCCCUUCUAUGGGGUUUCUCUCUCUGAUGAGGCAGAGCUCCAGGCCAUGAGGAGACCAGCCCAUGGCGCCCGGUAAGCACCCCCUUACAGAUUGCUUUGACUUUUGACGUCCUGGGAAAGGUCGCCGGGUAAUUUUGCAUUGUGUACUGCCUGCUUCAGUGGCUUUCCCGUGGUGUUCGUCCCCUGAAUAACUCUGUGAACGAUGACCCCCAUAUCCAGGUUCUAGCUUGCUCCUCUGGUAUUUAUCUUCACCAUCCUUCCCCUGAUUUUUCUCCUCUGCAGUGAGGCUGUGUGCAUGCUUCCAGGGGAAGGAAUCUCGAUCAGUUAAAAAGCGUAGGAGAUAUGAAAGGUCAACAUGACAAAUCCGUCCUCUGAGCGCACGCGUGCGUGGUGUGUGUGUGUGUGUGUGUGUGUGUGUGUGUGUGUUUGGGUAGCUGAGCUCAGCUGACCACAGAAGACAAAUAGGGAUUGUAAAGAGCCUUAAAGUUGGAAACAAAAUACCUAUUGGGGGGAACAGGAGAGUUGGGGCAUCAGAUUAGAAAUUCAGAAGAGUGAUCUGCUUGUCUUCAUUUGGAAAGGUCACAGACUUUAUUUGCAGUAAGAUGUGCAUAUGGUUAUCACUUGCUUUUAUUUUCUCUGUCUUUAAACAUGUGCACUGUAUACGCACACUAUGUGUUUUUUACAAAUGGUUAUUUUAACCAGCAAGCACGUUCUUGAAGGUGACAACACACAAAAAAUAUCUUCAGAUAUGAUUUUAGUGAGUUAUUUUACAUCACAAAGGACAAUGGUAAUCUCUGGGUAUUUGUUUCCCUCCGUUAAUUCCUUUUCUAUUUUUAUUUUGCAGAGUUGAAAAAGGACAUUUCUAGCAAUGGUUUGAAUCUCUUCUCAUUUAAUUUUAUUGUUGUGUACCUGUCUCCACUAAAAAUGCUAAUGUUGUCUGUUAGAAGCCGUGUCUUGCAUUUUAGUCUGCUUCAUAGAUGAGUUUGUUUCCUGGAGUUAUCCGUUUUUUGGGAGUCAUUUGAUUCAAAUUUGCAUUCAGGUCAUCUUUGAUAUUCUUUUCUUCCCUUGGUAAGAGGGAAAAUGGAAAGAGCACUUGUUUUUUGAGGGUCUGCUAUAAGCCAGGUGCUGAAUUAGAUGUUACUCAUUUUGUUUUCAUAAUAACACUGUAAGGAUAUUAUGCUCCCAAUUUCACAGAUGAGGAAACUGAGGUUCAGAGAGGUUAAAUAACUCGCCAGAAGACACAUAGCCGGCAUUCAGGGAAACCAGGGUAGAAGUGUGGAUCCUACUUCAGAGACUUUCGUUUUCUUAUGGCACCAAACGCCAUAGUCAUCCUAAACACACGGCAUCUCCAGCUGCCAUGGUGAGGAGAUCCCAACUAACAAUGUCCGUGGCCAGCACUGAGGAGUCGAUUGACUUGAGAGGUGGUGGGGUUGUGAAGACACAGUCCACAGGGUGGAGAACACUGAUCUGAACUGUGAGUGACUCAUUAAAAUUUUGGUGUGAAGAAGGUGAAAUUUCUGGUUUGGUCAGGAUGCCAAUAUUGGAAUAUCUCAGAAGAGGUGGAGCACCAAGGAGCAAGAAAUGUUGGGGGAACCAUGAGCUUGACCAGAGCCUUGCAGUUGGAUGUGCUGUGGUUCUGGGGGCUGGGAAGCAUAAGCAUGGGUGGAGGAUGGGACUCAGGUGGAUGGGAGCUGAUGGGUGUAGAGUGUGCAUUUCUGCUUGAGUUAUUCUUUCCCUCCAGCUUUCUCCUGGUCAUCAUCUUCAUAGGUAAGCUGAAGUGUCCCUUCCUCUGGCAGUCAUUCCCAAGUUUCCAUUAGCUCUGCUUCCCUUGUUAGGAUCUCCCCACCCUCUCUUUCAUUGGAGCAACUGACCAACUGCUCCUUUCCCAGACAGGAAGCUGCCAUGAGGGGAGGACCAUUAGUGGGGACUCAGGCAUACAUAGCCCACUCCCCUCUUUGCUAAGCAGUGAAUUUAGUGUUGAAAUUCUAUGAGUUUACUAGGGAAAGCUGCAUAGUUUGGUGUGUCCAUUGAAGCCAGAGGAAAGCUUCAUUGCCAAGCUGGUGCUUACAUAGAGUAGGGCCUGCCCCCAGGUAAGACAGAUUUGUCCCGGGUCCCCAUGGUCAUGCUUCAUUGUCUUCUCUGGAGUUCCUGAACUUUCCUUUAGGCAGUGUAACAGUAUUUGGCCAUUUUAUCUAGACCUUCCAGGGUGGGACAUGCUGGGAUGGGAACUCUUGGUACAUGCUGGGAGAUGCUGCAAUGGCUCUCUCAGCCUCAGUAAUCAAAAUGUGGCUGCAGAAACCAAAGAAUAUUUGGAUUCUUUAGGAUAAAGGGGUAGUUGGGAAAAAACAGUCAUUAAAAUACUAGGGUGGAAGGGGCUUGUAGCAUUAACUUGCAUCUAUGUUCUGUGAUACCUCUGGUAGCAUUUGUCUUGACUGAACAAAGACAGGACACUGUAGCCUGCCCUUCUCCAAAUGGUUUUAGAGCAGCUUCCUCCCUUGUCCACCUGACUGCUUUCCAUAUUUCACAGUGCUGUCCUAUCUUGUUUCACAUCACAAAAAAUUUUCCUUUCAUUUUCCUCCAGAAGCAACUGUGACCCACAUCAUCUUUGGUGAUGUCACAACUUAGUGACAUACACUUUUGUCUUUGGGGGAAUGUGAUAGGAACUCCAGGUGCUCUGUAGAGGACUGCCUUUAUCCUAUUCAUACCAAGAUUAAUCUUGCUGUAGGACCUUUCCAGAAUCAGUCUAAUGGGCUUUGAACAUUCUCCUUAUUUUGCUUUUGUUUCUACACAGCUGUCCUAACUAUUGCUCCCAAGAACAAGGGUAUACAGCUCCUUCCACCACUGAACUCACUAGCCGUUGCACACUGGCCAUGGCCUUACCUUUCAUGCCUUCACAAUGGGGACUGACUUGUCCAUGCCCACCCCAGGCAGUGCACACACAGUAGAGGUCCCAUUCUGGGUGGGAAGCAGAUGCUCCAGCUCUCUGAUGAUUCUUCUGGCUGGGUUUCCAGCUCGUUGAUGGGUGCAUCACGUGGGACCAGACAGACAGAGAGGCUGGCUCCAGCCUGGUGGAUCACAUCUAUUGCUUCUCUCUUGUCUCCGCAGCCUGUCAGUCCAUCAGAAAAGGAAAUUAAAUUGGCCUGGUGUGGGCUGCUCUUUGCAGAACCUGCUAGUUAUUCUCCACACCCUGGGCUUUUCUAGGUGAUUGCAAAUUGAUUGUCUUAUGAUUUAUACACAAGAGCCACAAACUUUCCUUUUGAGACCUGAGUUUCUUAUAUGGAUCUUAAUCCCGAAAUCUUUUUUUUUACGAAAGAAAAUAAAUUAUUUUUUUCUAUAAAAUUGAAUAUGUGCAAGACUUAUUCAGGAGGGGAAAAUUAAAAAAAAAAAAAAGCAGUCCAAGCCCACCUCUGGUCAUACUAAUCUAUACUUUUUAGCAGUUAUUUUUGAGAGAGUGAUUUAUUUACCCUGACAGCUUGUUACUUAUGGUAGCUGCCGCCAGCCUCUGAAGUAAUCUGAUAACGUCAGAAUGUGAAGGGAAGCUGUAGGCUUUACCUUGACUGACUUGCUAUAAAUCAUGCACAUUGCUGGUGUCUAUAUAACGAUGCUUGGGUUGAUACUGAUGGAAAUACAAAUCAAAUACAACACAGGGUAACCCAGUUCAGAGCUAGAGAUUUUGGAUUAAGCCUAUUGGAUUCAUAUUUUUAAGUGAAACGGAGCAGACAUCCCUGGUUGGGUUUGAAACUUCCUGUCUGAUAUGGUUCCCUCAAGGACAGCAGCUGCCUUUGAAAUACAAGCAUCAAGAGCUGGACUCAUGAUGGGCUUUUUUUUUUUUUUUUUAAUUCAUUCGACACACAUUGAUGUGAGUGUCUCCUGUGUAUCAGUUGAGGGAAAGGCACUGCAUUGUUUUAUGUUCUGUUUGUAAAUAUGCUUGUGUAAGCUCCUUGAGGGUAGAACCCUGUUGUGUUCACUAUUGUAUAUCCAGGAUCUAAAAUAGUGCAUGACCCACAGUGCAGCAGAUGGUCGCUGAGUGAGAAUAGGCAGUCCAAAAUUUGAAUCUUAGUAUUGGCAAAACCCUGAAGUCCUUCUCCAGACAGGCAGAGUCUUUCCCAUUUCUGGAGCCUCUGUAUUGUCCUCCGUAGUUCUUCCUAGAGAUUUCUGGAAAACUGUCUUUUAUACUGUGUUGUAAUCGUUGCUUGGUGUGUUGGUCCCGUCACAUUAUCAAGUGCAGAAACUGAGUCUUCUGAUUAUUGGACUUGCCAGGGCCUGGCACACAGGUGCACUGAAUAAUUGUGUGUAGUCAUAGUACGACAGAAUUCUUGUCAAAUCAACCACUUACGUCUCUGUAUUUUUACAUGUACAUGACAUUGAAAAAAAUCUGAAGAGGGUACAUUACAUCCUAAGAGGGCUCAUCUUGCCAGAUGCUGUAGGAGAUGAUUUUUAAAUGAUUCCUUUCGUUUUCCUGUAUUUUUUGAACUUUUCCCUCAAUGACUAAGUAUUUUCUGAGAAAUGUAAUAGGAGGAAAAGGGAAGUCAUUUAAGUUUUUUUCCUAGCACUUUUACUUUACACAUGAAAAGAUGAAUUUGUAAGAGUUUUCUUUUUUUGGUGUGUGUGUGUAUAAUAAAUUUCUAUCAGGUGGUUCAACCAAAUGCAUCAAAGGAGUCUGCUUAAUAAUGGAAUCCUUUCGUAAGUGGAACACCUACUCUCAAAUAUGUCUUUGGUGUAAAUCUGGAUUCUUAACUAUUUGUGUGCAUUUAAAAGGAGUCACACCUGUGUGUGGAAGGACACAGUCACUGAUUUGGAAUGCUAAACUGUGAGGAGGAGGAACACUGGGACAGGGAUCAGCGUUGCCCUAACAGGUGCAGAUUCUUGAACACAAAUGGAAGUCCACAUGCUGAGUGUCUAAAUAUUUAAAGUUAUCCACCAAACUAACACAUGCUAAAUAAAAUAGGCGCUAUUCUCUUCUCGUGACAAAUCUGCUUUCAGUCGAAAGUUGCAAGCCCAAAUUUCAUUUUUUUAAAGAUUUAUUUAUUUUUUACUUGAGAGUCAGAGUUACACAGAGAGAGGAGAGGCAGAGAGAGAGAGAGAGGUCUUCCAUCCGCUGGUUCACUCCCCAGUUGGCCGCAACAGCCGGAACUGUGCCAAUCCAAAGCCAGGAGCCAGGUGUCUCUCCCUGGUCUCCCAUGUGGGUGCAGGGGCCCAAGCACUUGGGCCAUCUUCAACUGCUAUCCCAGGCCAUGGCAGAGAGCUGGAUUGGAAGAGGAGCAACCGGGGACUAGAACCGGUACCCAUAUGGGAUAGUAGCACGUCAGCCAGGGCGUUAAACCUGCUGUGCCACUGCACUGGCCCCGAAAGCCCAAAUUUCAAUGAAAAAUCUUUGCCUCCUUAUGGACCUGGUGCGUGGUGGUGUGUUGAGAAGUAGCCCGGCGUCUCUGCCUUCCUCCCUCUCUAUGACUCCUGACUGUCUCUUGUUUGGGAGGAGCCCCUUGUGCCUGUAUCUGGGUGUUACCACCUGCACCUCGAGAUGCAUAUCCAUCCUCAGAUCGUCAGACAUGGGUAUCCCUCAGGCCUAGAGUUGCACACAUUGCUUUUCUUUAGUAGGAGGGGUCAGGGCUGGAGUUGUGGAUAUCCCAGGUGUAUCUUAGAAGGUAGGGCCACACUCUGGCAUGCCCAAGGAGCCUGAAGAUGUCAUACCCUACGAAAAUGGACACAGUGUGAAGCAGAGCAGAGCAGAGUCAGGGGAAGGGGGUCUCCUUUUGCUGAUGCCUGAAAAAUCCAUUGCUGGAUGUAAAGGAAUGGGCUGGGAACGUCAUGCUUCCUGGCUUCCAACGGAAGGACCAGCUCCAUGCUUCCCGAAUUACAGGCGCAAAGAUCACCAUAGAUUCAGAUCUGUAUUCCUAAUUACCCUGUGGUCUCAAAUUCCAGUGUGUGUCACCAUAUCUUGAGGGUGGAAUAAAAUGAAUACAUGAGUGCUGUAAUGAUGGGCUGCCUAUGCCCCUGUGUCAUUUUGACAGUCAUGUUCAAGCCACUGCUGAAUUCCCAACUUUACUAAGCACCUACAGGGAAGGUGCUUGGCACAAUGGUAGAUGCUAGCUAAGUGGUAGCUCUCACUAUUGAUUUUUUUUUUUUUUUUGACAGAGUGGACAGUGAGAGACAGAGACAGAGAGAAAGGUCUUCCUUUUGCAGUUGGUUCACCCUCCAAUGGCCGCUGUGGCCAGCGCACCGCGCUGAUCUGAUGGCAGGAGCCAGGUACUUAUCCUGGUCUCCCGUGGGGCGCAGGGCCCAAGCACUUGGGCCAUCCUCCACUGCACUCCCUGGCCACAGCAGAGAGCUGGCCUGGAAGAGGGGCAACCAGGACAGAAUCCGGCGCCCCGACUGGGACUAGAACCCGGUGUGCCGGCCCCGCAAGGCGGAGGAUUAGCCUAGUGAGCCGCGGCGCCGGCCUCUCACUAUUGUUUUAAAAUUAGAUUUAUUUUUUCAUACUUUAUGUUUUCAUGUUAACCUCCUAUCAAUGCAAAGGGAGCAGAUUCAGUAUAGUACUACAGAUAUAAUUCUAAGAAUAAUAGUGACUGUUAAAGCCAUCCUUAUGAAUUGAUUUCCAUGUCUUUCCUAUGCAAGAGAGGCCAGCUAGGUUGUGUAAUUUUCUGCUGUUUGAGGACUGGGAAGGCAUUUGUGUGGUUCACAUUUGUCACUGUCCUAUUUGUCAUGCUUAUCUGUCAGCAUCAGGUAAACUGUUUUUGUCCUGUGUGCCUGUCCUUUGCUCCUUGCCCUAAUUCUAUGAGUAGGCUCUCCUGGCCUUUCCCACCCGAGUGCCACAGUUUAAUGUUCUUUUCCCAUACAGAGUGAACACAAAUGAGUGGGACAUGUGGCUGAGAUGAUUGUGUGGCUUGUGAUAGAGGCAGGGUGGGAGGUCACAUGCUCAUUUCUUACCUUGAAGUCGGUUCUUCUUGCAAUGCCAUUGGUGGAAACACAAGGAAAAAGGGAAUUCUUUCUUUACUAUUUGAUCAAGAGGAGGGAACUUGUUUGUUUUCCCUCCUGAAAUGGAUUCCUCCAUUCAUGUCCUUUGUCUUUAAGUAGGGCUCGGGUGUGGGGAAGGAUAGGAUGUUGGGGAUUAUGAGGGCUCUCUGUAUACCAUUGGGUUGGUCUUUAUCAAGGACAGGAUGGACCAUGAAGCCUAAGGGAGGCACAGGGUGGACUUGGGUUAGUCCUGGUCUACUUGGGAAGGAAUUUUCUUUAACAAGGCUUCUCAAGUAUUUUCCUAUUAAGAUUCUUACCCUUGCAAGGGGCUCUGCCAGCUCUUUCUGCUGCCUGGGAAAUGCAAGGAGAUGCUUUUUGUGUUUGUGCUGAUUGACGAGCCCAGUGUAGAUGCCUCCUCCUUCUCUUGUCAUCCCACUUCUGGGAUCUAGGCUGUUCAGUCAUCUUCUACUCUCCCAACUUCUUCAGGUGUUAGGUUUGGUUUGCCAAGAUGAUCAGAAGUUGGAAUUUAAGAAAAAUUUUUAAAAAAGAAAGUAUUUUGAAAAGAGUACAGUGGAAUCAAAAAGGGAAAAAUAUCCAGUGGUUUUUGAGCAAGGGAGGGGAAGGGAGAGAGGGAAGAGGGAGGGAGAGGUCACAUGUUUGGGGACAGAAAGCAUAAGCACCAGGGCCUCUGUGGAGGGAAGCAGAGCUGCCAGCCUCCGGAACCCUCAGCAGGCUUUUGGAUCACCAGGGAGGGGUGAAAAGGUGUGCAUUGAGUGUUCAGGUGAGCCGCACUCUAGCCCUGGAAACACCAUUCUUGUAUAGGUUUUCAACUAGAAGACAUUGCAUUUCCUUUCAGCUCUAAGAAUGUGACACAUUGAGGUUUUCUUAUAUUAGUAUAUAGGCAACAAUUACUUGAGGUCCUGAAAAUGCAUGCAUUAUCACUGAUUUGUGUGUAUGUUCCUUUACUCGGUAAGUGUUUACUGAGCCUCCACCCUUUGGUAUAGUUGCUGGUGAUUCUCAACAGCUCAGAUUCCCCUCUGGUGGCACCUGUCACCCUUUGGGGAUUCCUGUCUAUUCAGCAUCUGCCAGCAAGUCCAGUGUCAACAUUAUCACAAAGUAGAGUAGAUGGGGUACCUAGGACUAGGAGAAGAAUUUGAGUUUUGAGAUAUGUAUCAAGCAUUUUUUCUUUUAAAAAAUUUUUAUUUCUUUAAUUUUUUCUUUGAAAGGCAGAGAGAUAAAGACAGACAGAGAUUCCCAAAUACCUGCAACAGCUGAGGCUGGGCCAGGCCAGAGCAAAGAGCCUGGAUCUCUCUCUGGGUCUCCCACAUGGUUGGCAGGGACCCAGGUACUUGAGCUGUUACCUGCUGCCAUCCAGGGUGUGCAUAAGCAGGAAGCUGGAAUCGGGACUGGAGCUGGAACUUGAACCCAGAAGUCUGAUUUGGGACAUGGGUGUCUCAGUUGGUGUCUCUACUACUACACCAGAUGUUGCCUGCUUAAAUUUUGUUGUUCCUUUGAGUAUUUGCUCAUAGGUGCCUUUCUCAGAUAGCCACUCUGGCCACUUGUUUUACGGUUGCAGCCUUCUCCUCUCCACCGCUCUGAUCCUCUUGGGCUGCUCUGCUUCUUUCCUUCCCUUCGCAUGCUCCCUUACCACACUGUGCACCUCAGCUGUAUCUGACUGUGGGUUAGCGUGUAGCUUGUCUUCUACUCCAUGUUGGAAUCCAAGCUCCACAGGGGCAGAGAUCCAUGUCCUCUUUGUUCAUCCAAGGAUCCCAAGUGCCUGGAAUAUAGGAGGCCUUCCAUUCAUAUUUGUUGAGUGGAUUACUUAGCACCAUGUUUGAGGAGUGCAGUGGAGUAUUCGAGUGAUGUUGAGAAGAUCUGGGUGUACUACUGCGUUAUUCAGUAAGUCUUCCGCCCCGAGAAAUGGAUGGCAUUCAUCUCCCACUGUUAUGAGCCUUGCUUUGACAAGUAUUGAUGUAUGAUAGCAAAAUCAAGAGUGUUUUUGUUGGUAAAGUGUGGCAGACUACGGGCCGAUCUGUGCUCAUGGGAGACACUCAUAUGUUGACUUGGUUAAGUGGCAUUGAACUAUCAAAUUAUUUUUGUCUCUGCUCCCAUGUAAAGCAAACCAUCAUCAGCAACAAUACAGCAUCCAAUCCAAACUCCUGGACGAGUCAGCUGCGUGUUCUUGGUGGGGUUGAUGUGAUGUGCUGUGCUCUGCCUCCAGGUUACCCAGGCCAUGGCUCUUGGCUCCGGGGUUCUGCUGUGGUUUGAGAUUCCGAGUUCUACUUCGCUUGCUCAAGAACCUCCAGUGAGCUCCAAGUAUGCUUCUGAGAUUUUUGAAGCAAAGUGUUUCUUUUCCGGUCUUGGACUUGUGGGACACCGCCGUUGGGUCAUCACCUGUCAGCAGACUGCAGGGGACGAUAGAAGCCACCUUCUUAGCCUGAGGUCUGUCCCUGAGCCCAGGAAGAAGCAGCCUUUUGUCCUGACUUCAUUGACCUACAGAUCCUAAUACAUGCUGUUGUGUGUAACAUUCUCUUAGAUCUUUGCACCCUAAAAUGCUUACACAUUACUUCUGAACUGUUUUUUAUUUUGAUGGAAAUGGGCCAAGGGGCAGGAAAGGAGGAGGAGCGAGAGGCUGGGAGAAUUUCCAGAGGACCAAAUACAGCAGCUUUCUCCCCAAACUCUCCUUGUUUAGUAAAUGAAGUCACGUGAAAGUGGAGCAUUUGGUGCUUUGCACCAAUGUUAUGGUGUAAAAUUAUAGUUAGGAAUAUUGUGUAAAAACCAUAAUAGUUUGCAGUUAUAGCUAUGGUGAGAACAGCAGGCAAGACUAUAAGCUUUAAUUUAUGUUGUGCUUUGGACAUUUUUCAGAAACUAUUUACCCAUUACCUCUUAGGUCAGUGGCCUAAUAAUGCAACAAAGCACUUUUUGAAAUUGCAGAUAAUUUUCAGUGCUCAGAUCUCUGUGUAGUAUUGAUGGGGAGGGUGGUUGAUUAGGACCUUGGGAAUUGUGCUUGAUGGGAACAAUCUGGAAGGAGUGAAAAAUUAUUAAACACACACAGCGGGAGAUGGAGGAUUUAGCAUUGUCGUGCGGUGCUAUUAAUUCUCAUUGCUUGGUACAGCGGCUUGAUUGCAUACUGUGAAUACUGUUUAUUGGAGAAUGGGUACAAUUUUGCUGCAGUUGUUGUAAUGUAAUACUAAAUGCUAAUUAGGCUUCUAACAAUAAUUAGAACCUCUUGCCAGGCUUAGAAAUAGAAACACUCAAUUGAAUUUAGAGAAACAAAGACCUUUAAGCUAUGCCAGCGGCAGCAUCAACUUCAAGAAGUUCUUUACGUUUUAGUUACAGAAUUGCCAACACAUACAUAGAUAUAAAAAUAUAUUUUUUUACAGCAUGCAUAAUGAGCUCAUUUAUGUUCUCGAUAGUAUUAUUUUCAAAAUGAGUUGAAGCAAACCGCCUCCUCCCCCUCAGAUGAAGAAAAACUACAAACACAGGUGUAAAACAGAGUGCAUCUUGUUGCUGUGCCCUUGCUAGGGUGGAGAAGAAGGGGGCUUGGAGGGGAAGCAUGGCUGAUUGGCAGGCAGGUGGGGGCCAUUCUGAAUGUUUAGAAUUUCCCUGACACCCUACGUGGUCUCCCUUCCUGUGUACCCCUCCAGCUCAGAUCCAACCUGAUUGUGUGUUGUUUGCUUGGAUCAGUUCCCCUCGAUGCUGUCCUGAAGCUCUGUCACCCAUUAGAAACAAACCAAACCUGAGAGGCUAAGCUCUUUCCUGGAGCUUUGCUUUGUCAAGCUGUGCCAACCCAGCAGUGUGGCAGAGCUCUCUCCCGUGCAGCGAGGAGCCGGCUGGCUGUUGAGCUUGGGAGAUAAUUAGCUGAGGAUGAUGUGCUGGGCCUGCGGCUCCCCCCCCCACCCCCCCCGGCGGGGGGGCAGACUCUUGGGCUGUCCCAGGGGCCUGGCCCUGGGUGUCUCAGGAGGCCUGGAACUGUCUCCUGGCACUGGGUUGUUGCAGCACCAUGGCCUGUGUUCGUUUGGCAGCGGCUGAGCGAGGCCUUUGUUAUUGGGGCGCCAGUGCUAUCUUUAACCUCUUCUUCCUGUUAUGUUUCGUCAUGAAAAGUGCAAGGGCUUGAGCAGCGCUCAUUGGUGGUCCCUUCACAAACUCACUGCACAAAACAACUGGGGAUGCCUCCCCGCUUUUCCCUGGAGCCGCGCCUGCGUGGACCAGCUGUUCUCAGGGCUGACCCUUAGCUGCCCGCUGUGAGGUAUCAUGUUGCCCCUUUGUCUGUAGCCAUCAUGGUAACAGAAAUAGAAUCCCAUCUCCCCGUUGGGAAACUCUUGUAAAAGAACCUAUGCUUGGUGCUCCUGCACCCGUGCCAUAGUUCUGUGUAAAGUGAGUUUUUACGGGUUUCAUUGGUUCCUGGGAAACAGGUUUUAUGAUGGAGACACUGGAGACACAGUUUUACUCCACCCUCUAGAGUGAGGCAUCCCUACUCCAAGCAGAUGGGCGAUUCCCUGAUUCCUGAUUCCCUACUUUUUGAUGAGGGGGGAGCCAUGUUUGUGGAGAUACCCACUUUUAUGGCUUUAUUAUUUCAUCAGACCCAUCCAGCACACCCCCUUCCCACAGCCAAGUGCCCUCACUCUCCUGGGCUGAAGUUCUUUUUUUGUGACUUUGAUUUCUUUCCUUUCUUGUGUGGGACCUCCUCAGCUUGGCUGCACGCUCCCAGAGUGCUCCCCCUGCUGGCGGGGCCCUCCCUGGUGAUGCACCCCCAAAUCACAGUCGCUUCCCCAGGCUACCCCGCUCUCAUCUUUCCUCCCUGCCUCUCAGUGGUUUGAAACAGGCCUCUCCUUUCUAACCUGAUUUCAGUAUUCCACUUGGGCUGGGUGCAGGGACACACGGAAAAAUGAAACUAAAAGGUGUUCAUUUUGGAAUAAGAAAAUGAAGCAUUUUUCCACGAACUUUUUGACGACCCCCCCUUCCCCCGCCGUGAGAUUUUUCCCCAGUGUACAGUUCUUGGGCAGCAAUAGUGCGGGCUGGUUGUUGAAUUGGGGAAAAGAUCCGUUGUUGAUAGACGUCACGCCACGCCAUGCCAUGCGUGACGUCGCCUGUAAUCAUGGAAACCGGGUCCCGUGCGGGGGACGUGUCCUGUGAGAGGCCGCCCCUCUGGCCCUAGCGGGGGUAGCGCACGUCCGGCGCCUUGCGGCGAGCCUGGCGCGUGUGCCUGCCUUGCAGUUUCUCCGCAGCGUGCCCGUGAGUUUCGAAGGAGGUCCUGGGGGAGCGUUCGCGUCCACGUUUUAGCAAACCCGCUGGAUCGCGGCGGGGUUUGCCCCCUUCGGAGGAGCCAGUUCUCCCGCCGUCCGCUGAGGGCCUGUGCGAGAUGAGGCCUGAGUCACUGGGAGGACUGAGCGCCUUCGGGAGCCUGGAGGAGCUCAUCUUGGACAACAACCUGCUCGGGGACGACCUCGUGUUGCCAGGGUUACCGCGGCUCCACACCUUAACCCUCAACAAGAACCGAAUCACUGAUCUGGAGCAUCUGCUUAAUCACCUGGCUGAAGUGACACCAGCUCUACAGUACCUCAGCCUGCUGGGAAACGUGGCAUGUCCCAAUGAGCUGGUCAGCUUGGAAAAGGAUGAAGAAGACUACAAGAGAUACAGGUGCUUUGUUCUGUACAAGCUGCCCGGCUUGAAGUUUCUGGAUGCCAAGAAAGUAACCAAACAAGAGCGAGAGGAGGCGUUGGUGAGAGGGGCCUUCAUGAAGGUGGUGAAACCCAAGGCUUCCAGUGAGGACGUCACUCCCUCUCCUGAGUACAACUACACACCUCUGCCUUCUGCCUCCAGGGAGCUCACCAGCCACCGAGGUGCCAACAAUCCAUAUGAUGACUUCGAGGGGCCGGACUAUUGCAGCCAAAGAAAUGGCAGCUUGAAGCGGCAAGGAGAAGAACCAUUUGGAAAUCUCAUACUCACUUUUUCAUGCUUUGGCUGGGAAGUGACACAUGCUACCUCCACUCACAGCCCUGUGGCCAGAUACGUGUUGUACUGUGCACUGGUGUCCUGGGCAAGUGUCGCUACGUUUACUACGGGAAGAACUCGGAGGGCAACAGGUUUAUCCGAGACGACCAGCUCUGAAGCCACACUCUGUACGCCUUCGCCUGCUUCAUGCCAAAAAAAGGGAAAGCCACAACGAAGCCCAAAGCUGAAGAAACCAACGCCGGCCCCCACGCCGCCGCUGCGGGAAGGCUGCGACUUCCGCUCCUGGUACCUUGUGCUGACUUUGCCAGGCCUGUCAAGAGCAUCCUUCUGCCUGAGACUGAGUGGUCACAGAGAGAUUGACAUGAUUGCCCUUAAGCAGGUCUCAUCCACCCGGGUGACAGACAGCAGCCGCGACGCACCAGGGCUGACAGCAUGAACACCAUGAUAGAUUGCCUGGUCCCUCCACUGCUCACAGGGGAGCAGAGGUCACACCUGGGGCCUCCCUGGGCUUGUGCGGCGGCUGCAGUCGCCUGAGAGAGUGUCUGAGUCAAGAUCCUGCCGACGUCACUGGGGGUUUGUUGUUGGGGAAGGCGGCCUCCUCCCUUGUUCCCUUUCUGUCCUAACCUCUGGGGUCCUCUGCACCGUGCCCCCCCCCACACCGGCAGUGCACCUGUGUUUGCAGUUUUUCCCCCCUGCAGAGGUGGAACUUCUCAGCCAGGGCGUGCAUCUCCACUUCUUUUCCUGCUGUUGCAGGCCUUGCACCGGGGUCAAGAGCUUUCCCUGCAUCCCUAACCGUAGGCUCCAUCUUGUUUCCCUCAUGGCUAAGCCCACUUCCUGCCUCGAAUACAGUGCACCAUCAGGCAUCUUUCUCAACACGACGGUUUCAUUGCACCCAGAAGGAAUUUUUAUGUACUUUGACCACACCCACUUUCCAGCUAUGCCUGUAUCUGUGCUAGGGGCUGGCUUGGCGGAGGGGGGCGCUAUGCAGACACAGGGAGGUGAUGAAAAGAUGACAGCACCGGAUCAGGAGGUGAAUAGACAAAACCUAUGCUGUCACAGCCACUUGCAUAGGAGGUGCGAGGCUUUCAAAUGUUUCUAUCUUCCUCAGGGCCUCUCAGAUUAAAAUCUGUAACUUGUGAGCCGCUGCAAUGUCUCUAGUGCCAGAAUGCACAGUGCCACCAGGAAAAGCAGCACACCCCUGCUGGUUGGAGGACCACCAUUGCCCUUACUAGCACCCGGUGCCAUCAGUCCAGCAGACACGGAGAGGCCGGCUGCUCCCGACACAACGGCACUUCGGUCCGCUGCUUCUGUUUAGAGAGGUGAUCACCGUCCUGGGUGUCCUAACGUGCGCUCAGCUUGCCGACAGCAAAGCCACACAGAAAACCCCUCCACCUUGUUCAUAGCCAAUGACUCGGCAGUUGCUGUUGCCAACUUCUGGGGACUCAGCCUCCCCAAGCCACCCAGGAAGAACCUACUUUCACAGCCCUCAGCCGUUUCUGGAGCCCGUGGCCUACUGAAGGGACACAGCCCUUGAGGACAUGAAUUGAGGCUGGCAGCAGCCCCGAAUUUAGAUGCCACCACCUUCCUGAAUCAGUGGUUAAGACAAGUGAACAUGAGCACCUUCACGGCCAUGAAUAAGCAGAGCAUGCUGAAUGUUCGCCAUCUCCUCGCAGGUCCGUGCGUCACCAGACCCGAGGACCUUUCUCAGUUUGAUCUGCGCAGCCGUGCUGGGGCGGUGCUUCCCACGGGCUACCCUCAGUCCCACCCAGGCUCUUAGUGUAGAGACAUCAACACAGGCUUUGUCCAGGGCACGUUCUGGGCCGCCAGAGCUCUGUGCGAGGGCAGCUAGACUAGUCCGAUGUCACCUCCAAUCUCGCGGCACAUAUAUCCUUGUCUUUAUAAAAGGCUUUCACCCUGCCUCCAACAAUAAAAAAGCACUUGUGAACUGA